UGUGACGGUUACGAAGCAAAUGGCCACCUUGACAACGGGACUCUCUGACCUGGAUACGGAGCCCAGCGUGCAGGAUGAAAGCUGUUUUAGCCAAACUGGUGGACAAAGAGUUUUCCAUGUGCAAAACUGGAAGGCAAAAGCAGAUCAAGCAAAGAAAGUAGAAUUUAUUAGAGAAGCAGAGAAACUUAAAAACCAAGUCGCUAACUUAGAAAAGGACAAAAAUGGGAAUCUUUAUAACAAAAGGAACGACAACAGGGUGGAAUACAGCACACUUGAAGAGUAUGAGCAAAAGCUGGCAAGCAGCCGGAAAGGAGAAAAAGCUAGGACGGAACAGCAGCUUGCCAAAAUACACAACAAUGUGAAGAGACUUCAAAGACAGUUACAAGAUGUGAAACCUACUCCAGAAUUUGUUGAGAAGCUCAGAGAAAUGAUGGAAGACGUGGAUAAUGCAAUAGGUGUUUUUAAAGAAGAACAGCGGUUAAUCUAUGAGGAACUCAUGAAGGAAGAAAAGACUACAAGCAUUGAGCUCAGUGCCUUGGAGAAAAAAAUAGAGGCAUGGACAACAUUUGGUGCACAGCAGGAGACAGUAUUUAGAACACCUACUGGAAAAGCUGUCUUAGAAAAAAAUACUUCAAAGCAUCUGCCUGAAGAAGUAAUGGACUUUGAAAACUUUCUUCAGGAAACAGGUGGUCGUGUGGGAGGGUGGGAUGAAUUUGACCAUCAAAGUUUUUUGAAGGUUUGGACCAAGCACAAGGGAAAAGUUUCCUAUCUGGAAGAGGCACUUGCAUUUCUUCCCAGCAGAACCAAAGAGGAUGUUCAGCAACAUGAAAAGUGGUAUCAAGAAUUUUUGUUCCUAGAUGAAAAGAAAAAGGAGGCAAUUCAGAAAUGGAAAGCAAAGAAGCAGUUAGAAAAAGAAGAAUUGUCUAAACUUCAAAACAAGUCAAAGGAUGUUUUGGAGUUUGAUCUUGGCCAGCAAGAUGAAGCUCAGAAACAAAAGAUGGAGGAAGAGAGACUUAAGAGACAGAACGAGCUGGCAUCCUGGAGGAGACAAAAGGAAAUAGAAGCUGCAGCAAAGCAGGAGGCUAUGUUGAGAGAAGAAGAAGAGCAGCAGAGGAAACAGAGGAAGGAGCGCCAACGUCAACUUGAAGUAAAACUGCUGGUAGAGGAACAUGCACGGCUGAGGAAAGAGCAAGAAGAGAUCAUCAGACAAGAACAGGAGAUGAGAGAAGAAGCAGAGAGAGAAGAGAAGAGGAGGCUAGCAUCUUUUGAGAUAUGUAGAUUUCAAGAUCGGGAUCAAAGAAAACUUGAAGAAAAGGAAAAGGAAAAAAGAGCAAAAGAAGAAGAAGCAGCAGAAAAGGAGAAGAGGCUUUCAAAAUUAAAAGAAAAGGUGCAAGUUCAUGUUGAUAGAGAUCCUUCAAGGUUGUGUAAACUUACCAAAGGCUGGGAAGAGCGUUGUAAAGAGACUGGUCCAAUAGGAUCAGCACCAUUAUUGCACAUUCCACACCGGGCUGUCCCGACGUGGAGGCAAGGGUUAUAGACUGAAUAACAGGAUAUCUUGGAAAUUCUGAGGCUUUCAUCUACUGCAAUAAAUAUACUUUUCAUACUU